AUGCAACGCCGGUAUCAACCUUUUUCCCGAGACCGGCGUGGCAUUAUCAUCCAUGACGCUUGUUGGAUUUUGCUGGAAGAAGCGUUGCGUCCAGCCCCGGUUCCGCUCCAGAGACUUCUUGAGGUGUGCAACUCGCUUCCCAUUCCAUGCAGAUGUAACGCCCUUGCCUGGGUUUACAAGCUCGGGGGUACUGCUGCCGCCGGCCAUCGGGACCCGUUCUUUGGGACGAAUCCGUGGCAGGUCCCUGAAGUCAACAUCAUCUUGGCCGAGGACCCGGAGCAACCGCCGAUGUUUCAGCAGACGGCCUCAUCGUUUCAUACUUUGAGCAUAGAUUGCUUCGUAUCCCUUCCACAGGAGUUGUGUGCACCGACUGCCAUGCACCUACCAACAGCAGAUGUGCUUCGUGCUCACCUGGCUUCAAGAGCAUUCUGGCCCAUAUUUCACAGUCAGCAGUUUUGGGCUUCCAGAUUCAAAUACUCUCCCGACCGGUCCUGGCUAUUCGAGGCUCGCAGCAGCCCGCCUAGCGACUGGCGGUGGCUUUACGGUCGGAUAAACAACGCAUUUAUCGGCCCCGGUCUUCGCAAUAGGCGGCGGAUAUGGGGGUUGCUCCAAGAAGUGCCUCCUAUUCUAGCGCUUGCUUGGAACGAGCUUCCUCCUGUUUUGCCCACAAUAUGGUCGCCGGAUCCAGGUUUGAGCCCAGUGGAUAACCGUGUGGAGGCUGCUGAGCCUCAUCGGGAUACAAGCAAGUCUACUAGCGACGACUUCAGCAAUAGUUGCCGUAUAUUCAGGACCCAGACCAUUGCCGUUCCUGCGCAGCUUGCUCGCAUAUCCGCUCAUACCUUUGCUUUCGGCGAUGAGGAGUAUAUUGUAGGAAUGAGUCUCACCAUCAAAGCCGGAGACACCCUUUGCUUGGGAUACCGGUCCCCGUCUGCUCAUUCUGUCGAACUUUCGGAGAUUUGGGGGCUCCGCCUGGCCAUGGGACCUCGCGGCCUUCGGGUCCUCCAAUGCAUCACUGGACAGGCAGAUUCUGAAUCUCCCUGGCUUGGUUCCCCAGAUGAUAUCCCCCUAACUGAGCGUCUAGUAGCCGCCGACCGCAUCGGAUGUAAGAUGGUCAGUAUCGGGGCUUAUCCUGGAUCACGGCAUUGCACAGAAGUCUUGGAGCACGGCAGCAGAUUGAGGGCUUCAGGGCUGUGGUAUCCUACUAUCCCGCCGCGGAACCUUUGCUUGAACGAAGAGUCAUUUCCACUACUCGAGCUUUACGCAACCGGAUACAAGCCCCUGUUCGGGUGCCAUUUCGGGGGCCCGGGUGGUAAGUACCUUCCACACAUGACCGGGAUUUGGGCGACAUCCAGCAUCGGGGGCAUACUUCGCAUCCAGUUCCGCUUUGACAAAGAAGUGCGGGCCGAGUGUCGAUCCUUUGGUCGUCUGAAGGAAAAGGAUGAAGAGGCCGUCGUUGACAUCUCUAUCGAUGGGCCUGGGGGCGAGCGUAUUGAAGCCAUAAGGCUACAUAAUCUGAGUGAGGCCGACGAAUUCCAGCGGACGUCCGAGUUUCUGGGCCACAGGCUGGGAGAUUACUACCACAACUAG